GCAGCUGAGUGGGAGCAGCAAACAUGCUGAUGCUGGCAGUUCUUAUGGCCACAGCUGCAUGGUUUUAUGGAUUUGCACAGGAAAUUCCUAUACAGAGCCCUAUAUCCAUCACCAAGUACCAGAAAAGUGCACGUAUGUUCUGUGAAAUGAAGAAAUUACCAGGACGUUUUGAUAACACCGUCAUACACUGGUAUCAAAUGAAAGAGAAUAAACCUCCAGAGAGGCUACUCUUCUUUGCAGCAGGGAAAACUACAGUUGAAAGUGGCUUUCAAGGGAAGAAGUACAUGGUUGAUAAAGUUUCUAGUCGAAAUCUGUGUAUUCUUACAAUAAAUGAUGUAAGUCCAGACGAUGCUGCUACAUACUACUGUGCCUACUGGGACCCUCGUGAUGAGAAAAUAUUUGGAAGUGGAACUAAACUCAUUGUUUCAGAGAAAGGAAAUUCUAAACCAGAGAAUUCUGAAAUCCUGCAGAAGGAACACGAAAACCAACUAGUGUAUGUUUGCCUUUUUGAGAAAUUCUACCCAGAAGUUGCUCGGGUGAAAUGGAUCGACGAAGCAGAAAAGGAGGUAACAGAGAAUGUAGUAAAAGGAGAUGUCUGGAAGUUUCCAAAUGAGGAUAAGUACUCAGUCAGCUCCUGGUUAUCCGUACCAUUGGAAAACAAAAACAAGAAAUAUGUUUGCCAUUUGGAGCAUGAAAGUGGAGAACUUUUACUGCCCACGCAUGUUUCUUCAGAGAGCACUUCUCAGGAGCCGGACUGUGGCACUGAAUCUAGAAACAGCACAGAAACAGAAACAGUUUUUAACAAAGAUCACUUGACGCACAAGGCAGCGCAGUUGGUGUACGUCGUUCUGCUUCUGAAAAGCUCCAUGUACUACGUCAUCGUACUCUUCUUCUUCUUCAAGUACAGAACGGGGAAUGCAGCUAAGCCCUCGGGAAAGAGAACAUGAAUCCUGGGUUUGGAAAGGUUUAUAAGAUUGACUUCAAUUUGCUUUGCUGUGUAAUUAUCCAGAUAGGCUCUCCUGCUCUCCACGCAACAAAAACAAUCCUGAGAGAACAGCCAUAUAGGGUCUGCUGUGCUUCACUGUCAGUGUUUUCCUAAUUUUUUCUGAGUAUUGAACUGAGGUGGAGGUGAGCAAAAAAUAUAAGUUUACGUAGGGUUUUAGUAGGAAUGCUGUAAUGCAAGGUGAGGAACCUCCUCCUGCUUAAAGUAUUUUUGCGUGCAUAUGUAAUGGAACUUUCAAAACAUAAAACAUUGAUGCAUUUUAUCAUCGCAUUUAAGGAUUAGUUAGGAGCAUCCCAGUGCUGAAAACGCAUUUAUAUAUAUAUUUAACUUUCAAUGAUUUAUUGCAACUCCACCAAAUCAGGACUUGAAUAUUCUGAAGUGAUAAAUGCUUUAAGAGACUCAACUAGGCAUGAUUUUUAAAAGCAAAGAUAUUAUCUUCUAGCAAGUUUGAUGAACAUAAAAGCAAUUCUAACAUGCAUAUCUACAGAAAUUUAAGAAAUUCACCAGGGCACAGGGUAGCACCGCUGCACAAACUGAAAACUUGCAUAUUGUGUCUUUAAAGGUACAAAGUGAUUGCAGUUAUCACCUUGUUUAGAGAAAUCAUUUCAAACUCAGCAAAACCUUAUAUCUGGUGCUUCAAUAGAGAAAGUGUUCUCACCUUACAGGAAAAACUCUUAGAUGCUGUACUUUGAACUCCUCGUCUCCAGGUUUUGCUAAUUUAGAGCUUGUCCAAGUUUGGAGAUGAAUGCCUGCACCAAACCUGUAAUGAUGUAGAGCAAUAAAAGCUUUCCUUGAGAGGCA